CCUGCACACAGUCAGUGUUUGAGUGUAUGGUCAGUAAGCAUGCGCCAGGAGUUUGUGUGGGGAUCUCCACUGUUUUUGUCCUGGUAGGAAGAGCUUGUUGUCUCUGUGGUGGAAGACAUGAAACUGAAAGAGAACACAGUGAGCAAGCGGGUUAAGAUGGCCAGGUGUAAGAAGGACAAGGGUGGUGGUGAUGGUGAUCAUGGGGUGGUGAACCCAGCCAUUACCGACUUGGCCAAAAGUUUGUCUGGAUCGGAUGGAGUACCGCAGUUGACUGUAAGGGAUGAUGGAACGUAUGAUAUCGGAGGACUGCUUCUUACUGAAAGGAUGAGUGACGUGUCGGGGGAAGAGGAUGGCCAGGAGUGGCUGUAUGAGCUGCUACAGGAGGUCCAGCUGGAACAGUUCUACACAAAACUCCGCGAUGACCUCCAGGUCACCAGACUGGUGCACUUCGACUAUGUGAAAGGGGAAGACCUGGAGAAGAUCGGGAUGGGGAAGCCCGCCAUCAGACGUCUGCUCGAUGCUGUCAAAAGAAAAAAGUCUGUUCGCAAAAAAGGUGGAGGAAUCCUUGACAAGAUAUUACCGAGUGGGAAGACCAAUGAGAAGGCAUCCAUGAAGAAACAGAGCCCUGGCUCCAAGGCUACAGAACAGGCACUAACUUGCCUCAUAGACCAGAAAAGUCUUAACAUGUAUGAAAAACUGGGCAAUGGGUCAUUCGGUGUGGUUAGGAGAGGGGACUGGAUGACCCCUGCCGGGUCAAAGAAAAGUGUUGCGGUGAAAAUUUUGAAGAAUGAUGCCCUUGCACAACCAGGAGCUUUUGAAGACUUUGUGAAGGAAGUGAACGCCAUGCACACCCUCAACCAUCCCAAUCUGAUCAAACUGUACGGAGUUGUCCUGUCUGCACCUCUCAUGAUGAUAACAGAGCUAGCUCCCCUUGGUGCCAUGCUGGACAGACUGCGUGCGCUGCAGGAGAAGAUACUGAUCUCAACCCUGGUGGAGUAUGCAAUACAGAUAUCUACUGGCAUGAGCUACCUCGAGUCCAAACGCUUCAUACAUCGAGACCUGGCCUGCAGGAAUGUCCUGUUGUCUACACCAGACAAGGUAAAGAUUGGUGACUUUGGGUUGAUGCGAGCUCUGCCCAGUCAGGAGGACCACUACGUGAUGUCUGAACACAAGAAGGUGCCGUUUGCAUGGUGUGCGCCAGAGAGUCUCAAGUCGCGUCAGUUUUCCCAUGCAAGUGACACGUGGAUGUUUGGGGUGACGUUGUGGGAGAUGUUCACAUAUGGUCAGGAACCAUGGCUGGGGUACAAUGGCUCACAGAUUCUUCAGAAGAUUGAUGUUGAAGCAGAGCGUCUGAGCAAACCCAAGUGUUGCCCAACCGACAUCUACCAGCUCAUGUUGCAGUGCUGGGCACAUAAGUCUCAUGAUAGACCAACAUUUGUGGCACUGAAGGACUUCCUGUGUGAGGUGCGCACCAAUGAUAUGAGAGCCACUCAGAAGUUCCAGGAGAAGGAUAAGCUGGAGGUUGACGAGGGGGAUCUUAUCACGAUCAUUGACGGAAAUCCUGAACAUUACUGGUGGAAGGGACAAAACAAGCGGACAUCCGAAGUUGGCGACUUCCCUAGGAACUUGCUGGAUCCCCAGAGGAGACUAGCAAGCCAUGACAUCAGCAAACCUCUGAAGAACAGCUUCAUCCAUACCGGCCAUGGAGACGUGGGAGGCAACACAUGGGGGGACCCCAGUGCCAUUGAUGAAGUGUAUUUGCGGAACCCUAUGGAACCUCCUGAUAUUGGUGGUGUCAACGAUGAACUGACUGCUACCAAACUCUCUGACAGAAGUGGUACUAAACGCCCAUUCCCUGGAAAGAAACACAAGAACUAUUCCAAACUAGAGAACGAACCAUCCUUCGAGGCCAAAAGUCCACCAAAAAAGAACCCGCCUGCCCAAAAAUCAGCCCCCUUGGCUGCAGUUUCUGGCACCCCCAGACAGAACAAUGACCGGCCACUAGGGAAUAGGAACUCUACUGGAAGUCGAGGAUCCAACACAAGUCGAGGUUCAUCGGGAAGUCGAAGUUCAACUCGGAGUGUAAGAUCCGAACCAGAAAAACCUUUAAUAGACUUAAGUGAGGACACAGAGGAACAGGCGCCUCCACCAAGAACAAAUAUCAAAACUACGCGGAGCACAUUGUCAUUGUUUGACACGUUGUGCACGCAACAGAACACAAGCCAUUACGGUAACGUCGAUCUUCCUAAGCCUAUCUUCUCAGACAAGGCUGCAGACCCUUUUGAGAUUCAACCCAAUCUGCGUGUUUUCUCCUCAGACACAUCCAAAUCGUUUGAAGAUUCUUGGCAAGGAUCUCAUUCUGUGUUUCAUUCUGAAGGACAUGUUUUCUCUGAGUCUUCAACAUAUACAGUUCAGAAACCUGUCACUGAAAAAGAUAAGCUCUCUUAUGAUUCUGGACCGGCUUACUACUCUAUGCCACCUCUGGAAGAUUCCCAGUACAGUAAGAUAGAUAAAGUUUCCAAUUCCUGUGUUGAGUCAACAAAGAGAAAAACAUCGGUACCUGUCCGGCCCCCCUCCCACUUACAAUUCCAAGUUCUGGAAGCGGUGGUGAAAAAACCAUUAUCGCCAACAAGAAGCGGUCCAGGUUCUCAGUGUAUUUCUAGGUCGUCUGGAGCAAGAUCACUACCGUCUGCUCGCAGCCUGUCUGCAAGCUCCUCACCUGCUUUUCAGAGACCUAAAUUAAUAUCAUCGUCACAGACAUCUUCCCCAAACCCUGUGCGGAGUCAGUCAACCACCUCCAGACCUCUUCCGACUAAUGCACAACCAGUGUUUCCACCCAAUGCUUUUCCACAGCCAUUAAACCCUUGUGUUCCAAGACAUUCAGCCAAUAAAGCUGACAAGGCUUUUGAUUGGAUUAAUGAUGCUAUGAGUGAUUUUGCAAUAGCUAGGGCAAACAACAGACAAAAGGCAUUACAACCUCCUGCAAAAAAGAACUGGGUUACCUUUCCUUUGUAUGACGAGGUGCCGGUUGAAGAAGAACCAAAUAUGUCUUCAGAACAGGAAGAGAACUGUACACCAAGUCCUGGGUCAGAAAGUCUUCGCAUUGAUGUUCACAAAGCAAGAUCUCAUACCUUUGCAGGACAGUCAAUGCCUGCACCUAGUCAAGGACCGGUGCUGACACCCCCAAUAUCUUUCCCUCAGUAUGAUCAGGUCCCAGUUGAUGACGAUCCUGAGGAUGUCCGAAACUUUUCUAAGUAUGCUCCUGCUUCAGAAGUAUCAUACGGACCUGAUGGAUGGGGUGAUGACUUUGAUUCAGAUUUCGAUGAUGAUGAGUUUGAGGAAGGUGAUGCUAAUACAUGUGCAAUGGCAGGUGACAUCCCCCCUCCACUCCCUCCAAGGGACUAUCAUGGAGGGGCACACUCCGCUGGCGGAAGGGAAGCUGUGAACCAAAAACCAAACAUUUAUCCUUUAGUUCAGGAUGGGAAACAGUUGAGCCACACACAUUAUUUUUUGAUUCCGCCAAAAGGUUCUCAGCGGGGUGUGAACACUGCGGAGGUGAAGCCGUUCAUGAUGAGCCACGAUCAAACUGAUGGUGAGCAUCAUCAGAGUGAGUAUCAAAACAUAUCGUACACAUCUUCGACAAGGCCGGCUGAACUGGCCCGAGAAAAUCCAUCAUUCACGUGGUCAAAUAAUACCGGUGGUAAACAAGCUGUUCCUCAGUCGCCACGGCAACAGGGGAGACAAGCACAAUCACCAAGGUCAAGGCCAGAUCAACCUGUCAGCAGUGCGCGGGAUAUCAAAGGGGGCAGUCAAAAUCGACAGACAGACAGUUUCGUGAGUUCCUCCCCUCGGGAUCGGAUCGCUCAGGUUCAGAGUCAGGUCAUCGGUGUCACUGACGAAGAGUGUCAUACAGCAUUGUGUCAUACGCACUGGGAUAUGGAAAAUGCUGUGAAAUAUUUAAAAACUGAACAACUGUUCCGACUUGGUCUGGCAUCUCGAGACCACUGUGAGAAACUCCUAGUUGCGUUGCAGUGGAACUUGGAGCUAGCCAGCUCGGUGAUGCUUGACGGUGCGGGAAACGUUCAAGUAGAAUCUACUGUGUAAAGACUUUAGACUGUAUUGUGCAAAGACUUUAGGCUGUACAGUGUGAAGACAUUAAACUUAAAAGUUAUUUAUAUUUUUCUGUCAGUGGCAUUGUAAACCUAAUUUGUGGAUCUCGUUUGCAGGGCAAAGAAAACUUGUGUGCCAUGAUGUUACAAAAAAGUACAUUAGUUUCAUAUAACUUACUUGUUAUAGUACGUAGAUUACAAGUGUACUCUCAACCCAAGCCAUACCUGAUCUUCUUGUAAAGCUAGAAGAAAUUUGAAGACCCCUCAACUUGGCUCGAUGAAAGGUACGAGUUGCUCAGUUUCUUAACUAGUCAAGAGUUGCCUCCCUUGCCAUAUCUACCUCCUUCAUAGUUUUGGAACUUCAGAAAUUUGAAACAGUUGUAUUGUAACUGCAUUGAGAACGUUUUGGUCAGUGGAUAAACUACACCAAGUGAUAUAGGAAAUUGUGUUCUCAGUGACAGAUAGGUAAAUCAGUGCAAAUUUGACCAUUUAUCUUUACUUCAAGAUGAUCAAGUGAAACGAUGUGUGAUGAGGGAAGUGGUAGUGUUUCGGACAUUCAUCUAGCCAUCAGCCUUUUCUUUAUCUGGAUGAAAGAGAACACAUGUAUCCAUACAUGCUCAGGGCUGAUAUUCUGUCCAAAGUCAUCAGCAAAUGUCAGUAAAGAUUCCCAAAUUAC